CAAUUUCAUUAUACCUUGAUAGUUGAUACCAAAAAAACAGAAAACAAAAACUCAAUAAGGUAAUACGCAUUUGUAAUUGUAUAACUACUACGUAAUAGAAAAUGAGAAUAUCCUCGCUUUUCUCAAUGAUGUUUCUUGGGCUCAUUCUAGUAACCUUAGUCGGUCACUGUUAUGGACAACUCAAGGUCGGAUUUUAUGAAGGCAAGUGUGGUGGAAACAAUGUCGAAAAUGUUAUUUAUAAUGUAGUUAAGCAGAAGAUUAAGGCGGAUCCAGAUACCGUGUCUGAUCUUGUUCGUGUGUCAUUCCAUGAUUGUUUCGUUAGGGGAUGUGAUGGAUCCAUAUUUCUCGAUGGAGCUAAUGCAGAGAAAAGUGCUCCAGUAAACAAAGGGCUUGGUGGUCUCAAGGCUGUUGAUGAUAUUAAGGCAGCUGUUGAGAAAGUUUGCCCAGGAGUUGUCUCUUGUACAGACGUGCUUGUGAUAGGUGCUAGAGCAGCAAUUUCCUUGGCAGGAGGAAAAUGGUUCGAGGUAGAAACAGGAAGAAGAGAUGGAUUUGUGUCACGAAAAAAUGAAGCACAAGCAAGUAUUCCUCCACCAACAAUGCCGGUGCCUCAAGCCAUUCAGUUGUUUGCUAGUAAAGGACUCAACAAGGAUGAUUUUGUUGUUCUUCUAGGUGGACAUACUGUUGGGACUGCACAUUGUCACUCAUUCAGAGAACGUCUGUACAAUUUCCGUAAUACCAAAAAGCCGGAUUCAACUAUUAGCCCGACUUUACUCCAACUAUUGCAAAAGACAUGUCCUCGUAACAGUCAAACUGAUAAUGAAACAUUCCUUGACCAAACUCCAAAUAGCCACUUCAAGAUUGAUAAUGGCUACUACAAGCAAAUUCUAGCACAUAACGGUGUAAUGGAGAUUGAUCAAAACUUGGCGUUAUAUCCCUCAACUAGAUGCCUAGUAACCGGAUUAGCUCAUAAUCCUAAUCAAUUCCUGGAACGAUUCGGCCCGGCUAUGGUCAAGAUGGCUAGAAUCGGAGUCCUCACCGGCAGCCAGGGGGAGAUAAGAAAAUCCUGUGGUUCUGUCAAUUAGAGGGUUCUGUCAAUUAGAGGGUUCUUUGUUCAAAUCACAUAUCUUUCUUUUUGGAUAUUUUGAUAUUCUAUUCACCAUUUACAUUGGGCCCCAUAAGCUAAGCAAAGAUGCCCUUGUAAAAUUGUACCGAAUAAUCAUAAUUCAUAAAUGGUUAAAUUAUGUUUGUUUCUA